AUGGCGGUCGUGGCGGCCAAAACUGCAGGGGCGGCAAAGCCAGAAACCACCAGGGCACAGCUGACCAGAACCAUCAGGGAAGUACGGACGGCGAGACAGCAGAGGGGUUCCCCAAGACAACUACACCCGACCUGCAAACAUGUGGGAACCUCCAAUCCAGCGGUGACAUUCAGCCGGUACCUGCUACCCGACCUUGUACCACCCAACGCCGCCAACCCGGCCACCAUAUCGGACACCCCUGAGCUCCAGCUAUCUCCUGGGGAGGCUUGGGCAGCAGCAAGGGACUAUACUCGGAGAGCAUACCCACCACCCCUCUCACCACGCUCUAUGCUCGACUCAAACCCACAUAUUAUGCUGAACGCAUUCCUGCCAUACUGA